UGUAUGUUGAAAAUAAAUACUAGCUUUAGAAAUGGCUGGAUCCGGUGCCUCCCAUCUUAACACCUCAAAAUUAAAUUUAGGUGUAUUAAGAGACUAUUAUCGGCGAUUAUUUUUAGAGUGCAUUGAUAAAUGCAGUGGUACCAAGGCGCUAGUGUGGGAUGAUGGUUUGACUGGACCAUUUGGUUUGAUUGCUGAAGCAUCUCUUCUAAAGGACCAACAUGAAGUGGAGAAAAUGUUCCGUCUCCAUUCCUCUGGUCUCCCAGCAAGCAACGUACACAAUAUUAUUUUUAUUGUGCGUCCAAGACUUUGUCUCAUGGAAACUGUGGCUCAAUGCUUACUCAAUGAAGAAAUCAAAGGAGGCGCUGUUCGAAAAGAGUUUCAUCUUUUAUUUGUUCCAAGAAAAAGUUUGUUGUGUGAAAAAAAAUUGAAAGAGAAAGGUGUUUAUGGAUCAUUAGUCAAUGUGGAUGAAUUCAAUCUCGGACUUAUUCCAUUUGAUUCAGAUCUGCUGUCAAUGGAAAUGGAUGAUGCCUAUCGAGAGUGUUAUCUGGAGAAUGACUUCACUUGUUUGUUUUACGCUGCACAGUCACUGAUGAUUUUGCAGGCUUUAUAUGGAACUAUACCUUAUAUCUAUGGGAAAGGAGAUGGUGCUAAGCAAGUUGUAGAAAUGUUGAGGAAAAUGAAGAUGGAGACUGGGGGUGUAGAGCCGCAGAUAACUCCGCAGAUUGAUAACCUGCUCCUUAUCGAUAGAAAUGUUGACCUUUUGACCCCACUACUUACUCAGUUAACAUACGAAGGUCUGAUUGAUGAAAUCUUUAACAUUAAAAACACCAAUGUAAAGCUUCCACCACAGAAAUUUCUAACAGCAGAGGAGAAAAAAAAUGUGAAAGAAGAGGCCUUGGAAGAGCCUAAAAAGUUUAUUCUAAACUCAGCAGACGAGCUUUACGCAGAGCUGCGUGACAAAAACUUCAAUGCUGUUGGUGGGAUAGUUAGCCGUAAAGCCAAAACUAUCACUGCAGAGUUUGAUGAAAGGCAUGCUGCUAAAACUGUGGGUGAAAUGAAACAGUUUGUAUCCAAACUUCCACACCUCCAAGCAGCUAGGGCUUCUCUUGCUACACAUACAUCUAUAGCUGAACUGAUCAAAGAAGUCACAGAUUCUGAUGAGUUUCUGGAUGCCUUACGAUGUCAACAAGAGCUGACUCAUGGUCUUGAAACAGAUAAAAUCAAUCCCUACAUAGAAGACUGCAUCGCUAAAAUGGAACCUUUGUCUAAAGUCUUGAGGCUGAUCUGCAUACAAUCUUUUUGUAAUGAUGGUCUCAAGCCCAAAGUGUUAGAUUACUAUAAAAGGGAGAUCAUUCAGGCUUUUGGAUUUGAACACCUGGUGACUCUUUGUAACCUCGAGAAGGGAGGCUUCCUGCGUCCUCACUCGACUAAAUCUUAUCAGACCAUAAGAAAAACACUCCGGCUGAUUGUGGAGGAUGUCAAUGAACAAAACCCCAAUGACAUUGCAUACGUCUACAGUGGCUAUGCUCCUUUAAGCGUUAGACUGGCUCAAUUCCUGGCACGACCUGGUUGGCGCAGUAUUACUGAAGUUCUUAACAUGCUGCCAGGACCUAAAGUUGAAGAGGUUCAGCAGAUUCCUAUGGGACUUAGAAAACGCAGAGCCUCUGUAACCUCAUCUCAGUCCAGCAUGGGAGAACAAAAAUUGACCUUAGUCUUUUUUCUUGGCGGUGUUACGCAGGCUGAGGUGGCGGCACUUCGUUUCCUGGCUCAACAAGACGACGCUAACACAGGAGUUCCCCACGACUAUAUUGUUGGCACAACACAUAUCUUGACUGGCAGUUCCCUAAUGGGGGAACUGACCGUGGAUCUGAAACGAUAUCGAGCAGAUGGUGUACCUCUUUACUAACUGCAUGCAAGAUUGGUGGUGUUGACUAUGUCAUAGCUAGCACUCAUAUGAUCACAGGAGAUCGACUCAUUACAGCACUUAGUGAAACUAUCAAGCCUGUCAAGUUGAACCCAUUUUGAAGCAUGAACUCACCAACCAGAUGUAGUAAUGAAACGUCAAAUUCCAACACUGGGUUAACUCUGCUCCAAGCAUGACAUAGAUCUUUGUCUUGCUGUGUCGGACUUAUGGACAUUGUAGGCCUAGUUUAGUUGAGAUCAUCCUCUCUUUGCUACUGUUUUAAUUCAUCAGAUGAUCUGAGGAGAAAUUUGUCUCUUUAACUUAAUAUGGCCACACUUUUAUGCUUCCAAGCGGUUUUGAUUUUUUUUUUUCAAUGUCAAAAAUAUAAUAGCAAGGGUCAUGUUUCAUUUUUUUUUCAGUUUCCAACUACCGGUAUGAAGAAAAAAAAAUUGUUUUUAAAUGUGAAGAAUGAACAAACAUUAAUGGUUUACUUUUGUGAUAUGUAUAAUCCUUUGUCUAAAUUUUUUUUAAAUAGAUCAGCUCCACAUGUUAGUCUAUACGUUUUUUGUUUUUUUUUAAAGCCAAUACCUCAGUAACUAAAAACCUGACUAGCAAAUACUACGACAAAUUAAAAUGACAUGGAACGAACAAACAAAAUAAAUUUUCCUUUUAGACUUAGAGUCUUGCUAAAAGCUUUUUAAAAGUCCAUGUUAAUGGUGAGUUCAGCUGAUUUGUUUUUUGGAAAGAAACAUCAACAGGCUGUCAUGUAAUCUUGGUUUUCUUUAAAAUAUCUGUCAGGCAUUUUAUAUAGGCAUGUCCUCACAUUUUAUAAAAAAUUCUUAGCUUCUUUUUCACUUAAACCCAGGACUUUCAGCUUGGUAAAUGAAAUUUGCAACAAAAGGGACCCAAAGUUGCUUGCAUGAUUUUCAGAUAAUUAUCAAAAAUUGUCAAAAAUGAAAUGAUUAUAUUUUAAAAUCAAUUGUUAUUAUUUGAUAUAGCAAUUGUUUUUUCCAAUAAGGUUGAGUAUUUGACAAUGUUCAUUUAAAAGUUAAUGAUCUAUCAAAGUUAGAAAUUGAAUUUGAAUUAAAAUAAAAAGUAUUUAAAUACUUGAUUCAGUCAAUCUGCAGAAAGAUCAUUUUCUUAGCUUCUAAGAUGCCUACAUCUCAAUUGGUCUAAAGUUUAGUAGUUGUCAUUUCAUUUCUUAUUGUUUUUGUUUUGUAAAUCAUCAUUCAUUCCCCUUUGUCUGCACGAGAUGAGGGAAAAUAUGCAGGUCGCGCCUGGGUCUGCAACGUCAUUCUGCGCUCAUCCUUAAUCUUCGGCAUCGAGACAAUGCCAUUAUUCAUUCCAUGACAGGUCAUGUGGUAUAGGCUCUGUACUGUUGUCUCGAUUGUCCUGGGUUCAAACCCUGCCAGCUGCCAUCCCUCCAUCUUUCUGCGGAAGAUUAGGACUAGGAUGAAAUAAUCUUCAGUUUCAAAGGACCAUCCAAAACAUUUAAAACAGGCUUUAUUUGUAAUGAAUAUGACUGCAGGUAUUUUAAUAUAUUUGUGUGAUAAUUGUUGGGUGAUCGCUGAUUGCUGCCAUGCAGCAGUUGGUUAGCCAGACCUUGAGGACUGAAUGUACUGACAAACUGUGUCCGAAUGAUUUAGUGGGAAUCUUGAAAAUAAUUGUUCAUUGAUGUGUGUAAAUAGAAAGGCUGUGAAAGAGAAUAAAAGACUCCAAUUUGUUGCUUACAAUUAAUGUAAAUUUUGAUAAAAUAAAAUACGUAACUGUAUUAUUAUU